ACACACACACACUCUCUCUCUCACACACACACACACACACACGCGCAGUAGCACGGCUCGGGCUGAUCGAGGAGACCUAAUGUUCGGUUUCGCAGCGACACGAGGCGACAGAUCGUAGUGGAUUAAUCUUCAGGACAGAAAGCACGUCUCCACCAUUAUGGGUCAUCCAUCGCGGACGCAUCUCCCGCUUGAUUGACAAGCAAGAGGGUUGGGCCACCCUCGAUCCCACAAGUCUCGACCAUGAAACUUGACCAAUCCUGAACUCUGCUUGUACACACACACGCGCGCACACACACACACACACACACACACUUCCAAAUAUGGCCUCCAUGUACUGGAAGCUGUCGUCCCAGAAGCUAGGCUUCUUCUUGGUGAGUUUCGGCUUCAUCUGGGGGAUGAUGCUGUUGCACUUCACCAUCCAGCAAAGGACGACGCACGAGAGCAGUGCCCAGCUUCGCAUGCAGAUCCUCGACCUGAGCAAGCGUUACAUCAAAGCUCUGGCCGAGGAGAACCAGGGCGUGAUGGACGGACCUUACGUGGGGACCAUGACUGCGUACGACCUGAAAAAGACACUCGCUGUGCUGUUGGACAACAUCAUGCUGAGGCUGUCCAAGCUCGAGUCCAAAGUGGACACCAUCAUCAUCAACGGUUCAGCCACCAACCUGACCAAUGGCACGGUGACCCCUGCGCUCAGCUCUGCCACCGGCGAGAAGGUCAACGUAGCAGACCUGCUCGGUGGAGCACAGGAGAAGUGUGAGCUGCCAUCUCUUGACGGCUUCCCGCACUGUGAGGGCAAAAUGAAGUGGAUGAAGGACAUGUGGCGUUCAGAUGCAUGCUAUGCAAACUAUGGCGUGGACGGCAGCAUGUGCAGCUUCUUCAUCUACCUGAGCGAGGUGGAGAAUUGGUGUCCUCGACUUCCGUGGAGGGGCAGCAACGCUAAUGAGGACUUUGAAAAACAGGGACAGCUGGAGAUCCGGAUGAGUCUGGACGGGCUGUAUCGCGUGAUGACGCGGCACGACGAGUUCCGCUGGAUGAUGCUGAGGAUAAAGCGGAUGGAGGAGCCGUGGCUCAGGGCGGUGCAUUCCCUCAGUCUCAAACAGGACCUGCGCACCCGCAAGCGAAAGAAGAUCCUUGUACAUCUAGGCCUGCUGACGAAGGAGUCUGGCUUUAAGAUAGCUGAGAAUGCGUUCAGCGGGGGUCCACUGGGGGAGCUGGUGCAGUGGAGUGACCUCAUCACCACUUUAUACCUGCUGGGCCACGACAUCCGCAUCUCAGCCUCCAUCGCUGAGCUUAAAGAGAUCAUGAGGAAGGUGAUGGGAAACAAGUCCAGCUGUCCCACGCAGGGUGAUAAAGUGGUGGAGCUCAUCUACAUCGACAUCGUGGGUCUGUCUCAGUUUAAGAAGACACUAGGGCCCUCGUGGGUGCACUACCAGUGCAUGCUGCGCGUGUUGGACUCGUUCGGGACGGAGCCGGAGUUUAACCACGCCCACUACGCUCAGUCGAAAGGCCACAAGACUCCGUGGGGCAAGUGGAACCUCAACCCUCAGCAGUUCAACACCAUGUUCCCUCACACACCUGAUAACAGUUUCCUGGGCUUCGUGGUGGAGCAGCACCUGAACGCCAGCGACAUCCGACACAUCGACGAUGUCAAGCGCCAGAACCAGUCGCUCGUCUACGGGAAGGUCGACAACUUCUGGAAGGAUAAAAAGAAGUACUUGGACAUCAUCCACUCCUACAUGGAGGUGCACGCGACUGUCCACGGCAGCAGCACUGUCCAUUUGCCUGAAUACGUCAAAAACCACGGCAUCCUCAGCGGACGAGACCUGCAAUUCCUGCUCCGCGAGACCAAACUCUUUGUAGGUUUGUCCUUCCCUUACGAAGGCCCCGCCCCUCUGGAGGCUAUCGCCAAUGGCUGUGCGUUCCUGAACCCGAAGUUCAAUCCACCCAAGAGCAGCAAGAACACGGAUUUCUUUAAGGGCAAGCCCACUCUGAGAGAGCUGACUUCCCAGCACCCGUAUGCUGAGGUGUACAUCGGUCAGCCUCAUGUCUGGACUGUAGACAUCGAGAACCCCGGAGAGGUAGACCGAGCCAUCCGAGCCAUACUCAGUCAGAAGAUUGAGCCUUAUCUCCCGUAUGAGUUCACCUGUGAGGGGAUGCUGCAGAGAGUCAACUCCUUCAUCGAGAACCAGGAUUUCUGCCACGGUCAGGUGAUGUGGCCUCCUCUCAGCGCUCUCCAGGUGAAAAUGGCUCCGGCAGGUAAAUCCUGCAAGCAGGUUUGUCAGGAGGAGCAGCUGAUCUGCGAACCGUCCUUCUUCCAGCACCUGAACAAAGACAAGGACCUGGCCAGGUUUGGUGUGGAGUGCAGGACGGUGGAGAGCAUCGGGGACAUCGUGGUCCCAGCGUUCAGUGAAUCGUCACGUCACUGUGUGCUGCAGGCCGAUCUGCUGCUGUUCAGCUGCGCGGGCGCUCACACCUCACUCCAGCGCAUCUGCCCCUGCAGGGACUACAUGAAGGGCCAGGUGGCGCUUUGCAAGGACUGCUUAUAACACCCAAACACACACACACACACACACACACACGCACACAUUCCAGUGUUUCCCCUUUAGCUCUGGGACGAGGUUCCAUCGUUUUAGUAUCAGAGGAUGUUUUCUUGAAGACCUGAGUCAGUUUCUACUGCCUACGUUCAGUAACCAGCUGCUGACAUUUUAACUAUUAUUAUUAUUAAUAGAAAGCAAACUGCAAUAUAUUUAUUUGUGACGCACUUUGUUAGGCAAGAGUCUCAACAAGAAAAUGUCUCCAGGAAAGCUCGUCUCUGUCGUUCUGUUGUAAAUGCUUAAAGAGAAAACAGUCUUCGGUAAGACCCGCUUUGUGGAGCUGGUAAUGAGCAGCUACUGAUUAGGAAUGAAAUUCAGAACUUAGGAAGAACCUCCUCUUAAUAUCAGGCUACUGUAGGUUCCACCCUUCGUGGAUCUUAAGUGAUCUGGAAAUCUGCUGAAUGUGCAGUGCAACAAAAGCCAAUAACCAUUAAUAAUAUAUGACCAAUAAUUACCAAUUACAAUAAUUAAUAAAAAACAGUAACUAAUAACUAAUCCGCCACAAAAGUUACUAAUCCAUUUUAAAUGUUCAGUUCCAAAUCAUUUAAAAUGCCUGCUAAUUAACAAUUCUCCAUAAUUAGUGUUAAUUACAUACUUUCAAUCAUUACAAAUUAAUAAUUACAAAUUCCAAGAAUUACCAGCUGAUAACUAAUUUAGAAUAAUUACCAAUCAUUACAGAUACCCAAUAACUACAAACACCCAAUUAUUAUUCACUCCUAAUGACAACUGAUUCUUAAUUAUUUCUGAUUGACAGUCAUUUUAAAUGAUCAGUUCUUAAUCAGUCCAAAUUACUACUAAAUUACAGAUUACUGUUUAUUUUAACGGCUGCUAAUUCUUAAUUUCCAGUCAUUUUCAACAAUCACAGAUUCCCAAUAAUUACAAAUUGACAAUAAUGUAUAAUAGUUCAUAAUAAUAAUAAUAAUUUUUGCCAAUUUCCAUUAACCAAUAAUUACAGAUUUUUUAAUCUUUUUUUUUUCAAAAUUGUAAUUGUUUUUCUUAACAAUUUCCUGUUAUUAAUAAUUACUGAUUACUUUUCUUUUUUAAAUGCCUGCUCAUUACCAAUUAACAAUAAUUUCUAAUUACAGAUUUCCAAUCAUUACAGACACUCAAUAACUACCAACUGUCAUUAAUUACCAAUUACUAAUAUCUCCCAGUUUCCAAUAAUUAUUGAUUCCCACUAAUUACAAAUAAUCAGAAACUUUAAAUUACUGCGUGAACUUGACAUUUAACAGUAACUGCUAAUAGAUCAAUCCUGUCCUAAUAAAGUUUGUUAAAAGCAUUUUCGACAGAUAUCACAGCAGAACGUGCUGGACGUUGCUUAUUCCGAUCUCUUCUGUUGUGUUGCUUAGCUUUGGUAAAGCCCAGACUGAUAUUCGGGGAAACACUGCACACAUGCACACACUGCUCGAAAAACCGAAUUAAUGUUUCACAGCAAGUGAUGAUCAUUUGUAAAGGAAACAGGAAGAAAAACAAUGGACAAAUACAAAAAGGAAGGCCAGACAGAAGAACAAGUCAUGAACCGUACUCUGAACCGGACUGAAAUACUUGAAGGAGGCGCGGCAGGUAUGCGGAACUCGUCACUGCCCCGUGUGUGUGCGUGCAGGAGACGCUCCAGCGCUGCGCUGGUAGAUUUUAUUCUAUUUUAUUUAAUCCUCCUCGUCCCUCCAUCAUAUUGUUCAUCACGGGACCAACGUGCCCAGGACGGAAGUUAAUCAAAGCGCCAGAAAAAAAAAAAAACCACCUCUUCAAGCCUGUGUGUGGAGGAUUUUCUAUUCAGACUGCCUGCACCGCACUGCAUUUACAUGUACAAAGAAAUUUUAAAUAGAAGUAAACGUGCUGCAGCGUCCCCACAACGGCACACGCACACUCAUUUCCCCGGCCUUCUGUGUUUUGUGGCCCGCUGUUAGCGAACGACGAGAACACGUUUCUGAUCCUCAUCGAUCCGCUUAGCUCCGCAAGCUACACACUUUCGAAAUGAACUCAGCUAGUCGUCCAGAUUUCAAUAUUAUAUAUUGAAAUUACUCGGAAACGACACAAGCUGUUACAGAUGUGAUGGUUAUAUUCCCGCAGCUCAUCUCAAAACUCAUGUACAUACCAUAUGGUGAAAAUCGUCACUUUCAAUGCUUUGAAAUUACAUGAUUUAAUUUUUUUUCCUUUUCUUUGAAGUUCCUUUCACUCAUUGGAUUCUUAAUUGUACACAUCAAACACAUUUUUCUUCUUUCUUCAGCGAAAGUGCACUACGUUAGCUUACAAACUGAAAACCGGAAGUGACGACACUGUACAAUUGUUCAUAUGUUUUUUUAAUUUUAUUUAUUUUGUAUACAAAAUAAUGUCUGGUGAUUUUUAUUUAUACAGUUUUAGUUUUUGUUCGAUUGUAUGUUUCUUUACAGAGAGAAAUAUUAUUUAUGAUAAGUUAAAAGUGUGUUUGCGUGCACGGGCUUGUCCAGGACAUAAAUCCGCAUGACAUUGAGGAUAAAAUUAUGACAAUAGCACAAUUGAUGACAUCAUCUUGUUUUAGCAUUUAUUUAAAUAUCAUGGGUGACGAUACACUGGAAUGUUAAUGAUAAGGAAAAGUUAUUAAAAAUAAAUAAAAACAUUAUUUCCGGAUCAUGCUUUAAAAUAUGCUGAUGAAAAGAGAAGAUUGUAUAGUUUUUUUUUGAAGACUACUGAUUGCUAGGAGUCAUCUGAAAUAAAAUGAUUUACACACACUCCAAAUAUGAUAGAACGUAUCCCCUCAGUGUCACUGUUGUGGACAAGCGGUGCACCUUGAGAUCAGAUUUCAUGUUUAAAGCAUAUAUAAUAAUUAGCUUUUGUGUGUCACAUUUACGCGUUUGCACAAUUUGUAUAAACGGACGGGUUCCUUCACUUCUUUUCUAACUUAUUUCACGUUCUGUUUUCCGAGAUCUCAAUUUGUAUAUAAUAGUAACGACCUUUAGCCAAGCUACUGUUUAUAUGUUCUGUUCAUGACGUGCCUUUCAGAUAGCCAUGUCGAAACGAGAUCGAGCUUAGACGUGUAGAAGAAGCAGAAAUAAGCUGUUUAAUAUACAAAACAAUAUACAGUACAUCUCGAGAAAAAUGUUAAUAUCGUGAAAUGGUUCAUUUUCUUUUGGAAUUUAAACUUAAGAAGUUAAACUCUCAUAUAUUCUACGUUUAAUACAUGUGAAGUGAAAUCGUUCAAUUCUUUUUCUUUUUUUUUUUGUUGAUGAUUACGGCUAACAGCUCGUGAAAAUAACAAAUCCUGUAUCUCAAAAUAUUAGAAUAUUUAAAUUUCGUGUUUGAGUAAAUUUCUAUUUAAGCGGAAUUCCAUAAUAUGAAUCUAGAAUAUAUAUGAGAAUUUCACUUUUUAAAUUAAAUUGUGAAAAAAAAAAAAAAAACCUUUUCAGAUUUUUUUUUUUUUGAGAUGCAUUGUAAAACUGUACAUGCUCCUGAGUGAUCGUUUUGCCAAAAUCGGUGGUGGAUAGAAAUGUAAAGUAAAAUAUGUAUUUUGUAAUUGUUUACAGUUGUUGAUGGGGCGUGAAAGGUGCACUUGUGAUGAACAGGCCAGUCAUUCAUUACAGCUCAUUUAAUGAGAUUAGAAAUGCUUUAGGCUCAGUGAUUGCUCGAAGUAUUGAUGCAAAUGCAAGUUUCUGUUUACUGCUAAAUUUUAUCCGCUUGUUUUUUGUUUUGUUUUUUGCUUUGUUUUGUUCUUCCUCAGCCACCGCUUACAUGUGUGUCAAUCAGUUUUUCAUCAGUUCAUCCUGCUUUUGUGUGUUUCAUGUCAUGACAGUGAUUUAGAGGACAUAAUGAAAUGACAUAAAAUAAAGUCUGUUUUUUUUGUUUUUUUUUUGUUUUUAAUGAAUCUGCUGGAUAUAUUUUUAUUUUUCAAUAAACUUUCUGUGACAACAGAAAUUUCAAUAUAA